AUGGCAUCUGCCUCAUCCAGCUGGGCACAGCACUGUUUAGAAUGCGACAACUGCGAGGUCAGAGCGGCCCAGUAUCUAUGUAAAUCAUGUCAAGGUCGCCUCUGUAAAGAUUGUAAAUUAGAACAUAAACAAAGAAGACUCACAAAAGAUCACGUGAUUGUAUCCUUAUCUGCAGACCAUGGAACAAAGAUUCUAUAUCCCUACUGUCCGGACCACGAUGAAAACAGGUUGGAAUAUUACUGCUCAGUCUGCAAGACUCCGGUGUGCACUAUGUGUAUGACAGAUAAACACAAUGGACACACGGUACGGGAGAUAGAAGAGGUUUACAAAGAAAUAAGAGAGGUGCUUCAGAGGGAAAGAGAAGAGAUUGAGAACAUCGUUCUACCAGCUUAUAACAAGCAGGUGUCUGAAGAGGAAGACAGGAAGAACAAUGUUUCCAUGAGAGCGAGGGAAGUUGAAAACCAAAUCGAGGCUCAUGCGGCCGCCAUCAUAGAAAGAGUUACGAAUACAAAGGAGAAAGCGAUUGGAAGUAUAAGAGAAGAUGAGAGUAAGGUACUGAAAUUAAUUUAUGAAUCGAAAGAACAGUUAAGGAGAAAGACCGAGAGUUUAAAUCUUUUGCAUAAGGAAUUGUGUGAAAAAUUAAGUUCUGAUCCAGAUAUGGAAUAUUUCACAAAGGAAGACACUGGGCAUUUAGAAGUGCUGAGACACAUCAGUCCAACAUAUUCAUACAGCAUUGAGGACUUCCAUCCAGGUCAAAUAGAAAAUAUAUUUAAUGAAAAAGAAUUUGGAUCCGCACCUUGCUUUGAGUACCAGUCACCAUUACGAGAUUUAAUGAAACCGAUCAGUAGAAUUUGUAACAAAAACUUUAUUGAAAAACUCCUUAAAAAAUCAAACCGUUAG